ACUUAACACUUUGUCUGCUUUGUCUCCAUCUGCAAUUUGGGAAGAUCAUUUCUUCCAUUUUCCUUUCUUCCACUAUCUCCUUUUGCAACUUGAGAAUAUCAUUUCUUCCAUUUUCGAUUAUCAUUUCUUCCCUUUUGAUUUCUUCCUCAUUUCUUCCAUUCUCGAUAUGACAAUCAUCUUCUUUUAGUUGGAUCUGAAGCUCCUUUUAGUGAAUUAAAAGAUAAGUUUUUAGUUUGAAUUAAAAAUGGAUUUGUAAAUCAUAUUCUUCUGUGUUGUAAUUAUUGUAGUUUGAGUUAAAAAUUGAUUGAAAUUGGUUAUCUCUGAUGGCAAUCACAAGGAUAUUGAAUCGAAGACGGAUGUUGGUGAUAUUGAUGGGCAUGGAGUAAUGCAAGUUAACUAUGAAGCACUUGAUGAAAUUAUACAUGAGAAGGACCGUGUUAACGUUGAUGGUGAAUUGAAUAUUGUUAGUGAUGGAUGCUUGGAUAUUGUUGAAUAUGAUAAUGUAAUUGUUGAUGAAGAUUUUGAGUUUGAAGGAGGUGAAUACGAUUAUGAAGAUGCAGAUGAAAAUGAUGAAUUUGAUGGAGGUGAAUACGAUGAUGAGACUGAUUUUGGUGAUGCUAGUGGACACAAAUCUUGGAAUACAGAUACAAACAACGAUGGAACUGACGGGGAAGGUUUAAAAUGGAGCUUAGAUAAUUUGAAUGAAUCAAUAUUUCCAUAUCAAAUUCUAGACGAAUCACUUAUUGUUGAUAAUGUCAACAAUAUUGUAAAGAUGGACACGUUUAACUUGCAAAAUGAUGAUGUUUCCAUGCUGCAAGACAAAGUUGAGCAACAAAAGCAUGGCCCGAAGCACGAAAUCCGGUGUGGACGUGGAGCAAAAUUUCGGGUGCAUAUUGAUAUAAUUUCACAUCGUUGGUAUAUCACAGUUUUUACCUUUGAGCAUAAUUAUGAAAUGUUAAAGAAGAAACACUACAAGUUGUGGGCGGCUAACAUGAAGCUUAGUAAGUCUGAUAAGAUACAAAAUCUUUGUGUUAAAGAUCCAUUGAUGUUUGUUGCACACACGGUAGGUGCUGAUGGAAUGAUACAAAACCUAUUUUGGAGCGAUGGUGAAAGUUAA